UAGUAAUUAUCUGCAAGCGCCUGUGGCCGCACCACGCGUCUCGACAUCGCAGUGAACUUUUUUUUUAUUCACAUUUUUUCGUUAUUAUUAUUAACAUCGAAAAAGAAAGUUUAUCGUGCCACGUGUGUUUCCAAAACGUUCUUCGGCUACCGUUGAAACUUCCUUACAUUGAAAACUAUUGCGGAUUCAAAUUUCACAAGUGUUUCUGUACAUACAUUUAUUUUUAUUUUUAUAAGUACGUUGUGGGUGUGCAGUUAAACAAUAAUUUUAUUACCAACUUAUACGAUCAAUCAUCAAGUGAAUAAUCAGUCGUCAGGCAUUUUAUCGAGCAAAAGAAGGACUAUUUACACCGAUCAAGAGGAAAAGUGUGAAUUGAUGCCACCGAGCAUGUAUUAUCCACAGAACAUGACGAUGAUGACACCAAUGGCAACAGGAAUGGCAUCUCCGAUGUCAGGUUUCCAUUCAUAUUCAUCGACAAAUUAUGAUCCACAUUAUUAUCAACAUCAGCCGAUUCAAUCAACAUAUCAGUCGGGUCUUUGGAGUUCAGAACCUUACUCGGGUUACAACUCAUUUUCCGAUCAUCCACCGUCGGCAUCAUACAGUAUCCCAGCAACUUCUGCGGCUCCAACAUCAACAUUCUGGCCAGCACAGUCAGAUUAUUCGUCGGUCCAUCAGCCACAAUUGACACCAAUGCAACCGCACCAACCAAUGCCUGUACUCCGACAGUCUCCAAGUUUAUCGGAUGUGUCACAAAAUUCGUACGGACAAUCAAGUCCACAGUACUGGUCAAGUGAAGAUGAUUCAAGACGCAAGAAGAAGUUAAGUCGAUGCCAGUGUCCGAGUUGUAGACCUAACGGCACAGCUAAGCUUGGCAGAGAUGGCAAGAAAUUACACACUUGUCAUUAUCCAGGCUGUGAUAAGGAAUACGGCAAAACAUCCCACUUGAAAGCUCACCAUCGCUGGCACACCGGUGAGCGACCGUUCAAGUGCGAUUGGUACAUGUGUGGUAAAAAUUUCACCCGAAGUGACGAACUUCAACGGCACAUGAGAACGCAUACCGGAGAGAAGCGUUUUGUUUGUAAUCAAUGUGAAAAACGAUUCAUGAGAAGUGAUCAUUUAAAAAAACACAUCAAAACUCAUGAUAAUCAGAAGAAGAAGGCGAAGAAGCAAAACAAGGAAAAUAAAACUUCUGCUGAUCAGGAUGUAAGUCAGUCAAUUAUGAGUGCCACUAUCGUAUCGAAUACUCCUAUUACUCAAUAUUAUUAUUGAUAAAUAUGGUUUAGUAUAGAGAGGUAUUGUGCCUCGUAAUUGACUGAACUGAGGUACUGUAAUACGUUGCCUUGAAUGUAAAUAAUUCUGUAUUUAAAAGCAUUUUAUAUCAAUUUUUAAUAAUGAAAAUAAUGUAUAAAGAAAUUGUAAAUAUAGUAUUAAAUAAUUGAUUAUUUUUAACAAUACCAUCUUUAAUUGUUAAUUGAAGGAUAUUUUUUUUAAAUAAAUAAAAAUUUA